AUGGUCCACUGGGCCACCCAGUGGUUGACAUGUGUCUGGCUCCAGACUGUCCUGGUCUCCGCGUUGGACACCUGUCCCUCCACAGCCCCUAGCCCUGUCAACUUCUCUGUGGCCUACACCAUGCCCUUCUUCCAAACAAAAAGCCCCAUCCAAAACAUAGUGACCAACUCAAUGUACCAGGAAGUAUAUGUUGCAUCUCAGAAUGUGGUCGAAGCUGUGAACAUGAGUUUGGAGAAGGUGUGGGAGCUUCCUACAGGCCCUGUGGGCAGCCCUGAGUGUAAGAUUUGCAAUUUGUGUGAUGUUGACAAGGAUCCCAACUUCCUAGAGAACACUGACAAUGAGGUAUUGUUGUUGGAUACGUUCUUUAUGUAUUUAUAUUCUUGUGGGAGUUCUCAAUAUGGUGUGUGCCAUUUUCACCAACUUAAGACAGAUGGACAAGCACCCAAUAAGAAUUCUUCAAAAUGUUUAUUCAGAAAAGAAUCUAACUCUGCUGCCUAUUGCCCUGACUGCCUUGCCAGCCCGCUGGGAACCAAAGUCACCAUGGUGGAGGAGGGGCAGACUGUAUACUUUUUUGUGGCUGCCACUGUCAACGACAGUGUUACACAGAGAUAUGGCAGGAAGUCCAUAUCAGUGCGCCGACCAUUGGCAACAGAAGAUGGGUUCUACAGCGACGUCCGGGGACUGACCGUUCUGCCUAGCCUGCGCCGGACCUACAACAUUGAGUAUGUCUACAGCUUCUUCACCCAGGAGUUUGUCUACUUCCUGUCUGUCCAGAGAGAGAGCCCUGACCAGGAGUUCUCCCCGUUUCAGACUCGGCUGGGCCGCCUGCCGAGGAGCGAGUGGGAGAUGAGAAGGUACCGGGAGGUGGUUCUGGAGUGCCGUUUCGAACCCAAGCGGAGGAGGAGGAGGAACCCGGUGAGCGGGAGCGAGGCCUUUAAGGAUGUGGUUUACAAUGUGGUGCAGGCAGCCCACUUUGGAAAGGCAGGCAGGGAGCUGGCAGAUGAACUAGGGGCAGAGGAAGAGGAUGACAUCCUGUAUGGAGUGUUCGCUGUCACAGAUGACAACGGGGUCACAGAGCACGACUCAGCCCUCUGUGCCUUUCCCAUGGACAACGUGAACAAGGCUAUCGAUGACGGGGUGGAUGACUGCUGUAAGUCCGGCCCAGAGCAGCUGUCCCGGGGACUGUGCCACUUCCAGGCCUGCGAGAGCUGUCCUCAUGAGAGCAUGGAGAACAACGCCACCUGCAGGGACCACCCCAGCAUGGUGUCUAAGCCUUAUUACAGAGUGGACCUCUUCAACAAGCAGAUGAAUGAUGUCCUGCUCACCUCACUGCUGGUCACCACCAUUGAGAACAAGACCGUGGCACACAUUGGCACCUCCACUGGACGGCUCCUGCAGCUUGUUUUGAGAAGAUCAAGCCCUACUAUCUUUGCUAAUUACACCUUGGUAGAGAACCAGAGGGUCUCCUCCAUUGCUGCUGUGUACUCGUCAGAAUCUCUACUGUUUGUGGUUGGAGACAAGGUGAUCCAGGUACCUCAGAGGGGGCCAGGCUGCCAGCACUUCAUGACCUGUGCAAUGUGCCUGAUGGCUCCUGAGUUCAUGGGCUGUGGCUGGUGCUCUGGAGUGUGCUCUUGGAAGGAGGAGUGCAGUGGCCGCUGGAGGAAUAAGUCUUGCCCCCCUGGUAUCACCGGGUUCUUUCCCAAGAUGGCUCCCCCUGAUGGUCAGUCAGAGCUGACUCUGUGUGGCUGGGAGUUCCAGUCUCCCCUGAGGCCUGCCAUCAGCUCCAGAACCCACCUGGUCAGACUGGGACAGACAGCCUGUGCUGUGCUGCCACUGAAGAGCAACAACACACACCUGGUGUGUAAGAUUCGCUCUGGGGCCAUUGAGCUGUCCAAACCAGUUAACAUCACUGUAGAGGUGCAAGAGGGGAAGGUGGAGGGCCGCUACUCCAUCGACGGGAAAGCAGAGAUGCCAGGAUUUACCUUUGUGAUUCCCAACAUCACAGAGAUCCAGCCCAACUACGGGCCUCGUGUUGGGGGAACUUUGAUCACUGUGACUGGGCCUCACCUGGAUGCUGGGAAGACCAGAAGGGUCACUCUGAAUGGAGAGCCCUGCCCAAUCACCAGUGUCACAGCGCCCAGAGGGAACAUGUCCUCCAUCAUCUGUCUGUCUCAGCCCAUCUCGGAGGUGAGGGACGUCCCCCUCAGUGUGUUCAUAGACAAGUCCCCCGUCCUCACCACCAAGGUCUUCUACUACAAAGAGAACCCCGAGGUCACAGCCGUCCUCCCAGACUGCAGUUUUGACAGGGGGUCAAAGAUAAUCAUUGAGGGGAAGAACUUGGACUCUGUAUACAGGACCAUCAUCCGCUUUAGGCCCAAUGAGAGCCACCUGAAGCCUGUCACCAGAGAGUGCAAAGGCAAGUCGUUGCCCACACGGAUGGAGUGCAUAACCCCUGCUUUCCCCCGGGAAGAGACAGAGGAAGGGGAGCUCUCCUUUGAUAUGGAUGGAGCUGUUGGACUGUGGAAUGGAGUGUUCUCCUACCACCCCUAUGGCGAGCCAAUACCCUUUGAAACUGAGGGCCAUGUACUUAGGCUGUAUGCUGGACAAGAUGAAGUGUCACUACAUCACCAGAAACUGAAUCUUGUGAGUUCCUGCAUGACAAUCACUAUGACAGUGGGAGGAGUGGAUUGUGACGCGAAGGUUCUGGACAAUGAAAUCACCUGCAGGAUCCCUAGAAACGUAACCAUCAGUGGACUGCCUGUGAAGAUCUCCAUCAAUGGGCAGGUUCACAACGUUGGGACUGUGGUCCUGGUCAGUAACCACUACAUGGUGGGCAUCGUACUGGGGAUACUGGGGGCCCUGGUGGCGGGGGCCGUGCUGGCCUUCGUAGUCAUGAAGCACCUGAGGAAGCAGAAGAAAGCCUCUCAGGUGGAGACCCGUUUGGCCCAUAACCACAACCGCUCCGGCAGCAGUAGUGUGGAACUGUCACCUGUAGGGGACUACAGAAGAGUCCUGCCUCAGAGGCCAAGUUCGGCUCUGGGAAGCCCAGUGGUAUUCCCCAGCCCGGCCUAUGCUGCAGGCAGCAUGGACCCCACCCUCAACCCCCUCAUGCCCCCUGAGAAGAUCUCCAUCUCCAGCUUUAGACCAGAGCUCCUGGAGGAGGUGAAGGACGUGCUGAUCCCAGCAGACAUGCUCAUCGUCCAGCACCACCAGAUCAUCGGCAAGGGUCAUUUUGGCACAGUUUACCAUGGCUACUUCACAGACCAUAACAACAGAGAAAUCCACUGUGCUGUCAAGUCAUUGAACAGGAUAACAGAUGUAGAAGAGGUAGAGCAGUUUCUGAAGGAGGGCAUCUUGAUGAAGGGGUUCCAUCACACCAACGUUCUCUCUCUGCUGGGCAUCCUGUUGCCUCAGGAGGGGCUCCCCCUGGUGGUACUACCUUAUAUGAAGCACGGGGACCUCCGCCACUUCAUACGCUGUGAGAAAAGGAACCCCACGGUGAAAGACCUGAUUGGCUUUGGGCUUCAGGUUGCCAAGGGGAUGGAGUACUUAGCACAUAUGAAGUUUGUGCACAGAGACCUCGCAGCACGCAACUGCAUGCUGGAUGAGUCGUACACAGUGAAGGUGGCAGACUUCGGCAUGGCCAGGGAUGUGUUCGAUAAGGAGUACUACAGUGUUCAGGACCACAGGAAGGCCAAGCUACCAGUCAAGUGGAUGGCCAUUGAGAGCCUACAGACACAGAAAUUCACUGCCAAGUCAGACGUAUGGUCCUUUGGGGUGUUGAUAUGGGAGAUGUUAACCAGAGGAGCAAGCCCCUACCCAGAGGUGGACCCCUAUGACAUCACACAUUACCUGCUGAAAGGCAGGAGACUCCCCCAACCACAGUUCUGUUCUGACCCUUUGUAUGCCAUCAUGCUGCAGUGCUGGGACCCAGACCCAGAGAUGAGACCCAGCUUCGCAACGCUGGUGUCUGCUGUCCUGACCAUCCUGUCUGGCCUUGAGGGGGAGCACUACAUCAGCCUCAAGGUCACCUACGUCAAUCUGGACCAGCCACGCCCCUACCCUGCCCUCACAGAGUCCGCAGACGAGUGUGAUUCCUCAGACACUGAAGACACACGCUCAAUGUCCUCCUGA